CCCAGUCAGAAACAGCAGAAUUCAAAAUCUACUAAGAAGAGAGAAAGCAGGUUAUACGCAUUUUCUUCUCCAUCUAUCAGAGAACUCAACCCUUUGGGAGCAGAUAUGAUAGCUACGUUAAAAAGUGUCAAAAUAUUCAAGGAAAGCAAACUUCAAGACGACCAUUUUCAGCAAAUUAUUGAGAACUUGUCUUUUGAGCAGUUAGAAGAAGGAGAUUUUGUAUUCCAUGCUGGAGAUAUGGGAGAUAAAUUUUAUAUAUAAUUCUUAAAGGCUCAGUCAAAAUCCUUCGGCCGCUUAAGAAUGACAUUGAAUUAGACAAAGUUCUUGAGAAUUUGUACACAAAUAAUCAGGUGAAGAUUAUAACUCUCGAAAAUAAGGAUGGGAUUGAAGAGACCAAAUAUCAAGAACUAGUCACACUCAGCAAGGGAGCACACUUCGGUGAGGUUGCUUUAAGCAAGAGUAUUACCCGAAAUGCCAGUGUUCGUUGUGAAGAGUCAUGCAAAUUUGCUGCUCUCAACAAAGACUGUUACAACAAAGUCAUCGACAGAAUCAUGAAAUAAGAAAACUAACCAGAAGAUUGACUUGAUCAAACAAAUUCCUUACUUCAAAGAUUGGAGUAAAGUUUCUCUCACCAAGUUCUGAUAUGACCAUGAAUAUUUCAGCUAUAAGCGUAAGCAGGUAGUUUUUGAGGAAGGUCAAUCUAGCUCAUAUGUUUACAUUGUCAAGGAAGGAGAGUUUGAAUUAACCAAAAAAAUACGGUACCAAAAAGAUAAUAGAAGAAUUUUAAAAGAUCUUUUCAAGUCUCACUGUGAAACAAAAUAUACACCUGUCAGGAUUCCUUACCCAGGGUCUUUCCUCAAAGAAGCCAGAAAGAGUAUGCAUAAAAUUACGACAAAUAUGAAAUCAAACAUAGCACAGCUUGCUAAAUCUAGUUCUUGAAAAAUGUCGAUCCUAAGUCCGUACCAACUAUUCGGCCAUGAAGACUCUUUCAGAGGCAGGACUUAUUCCACCACAUGAACCUGCACAGUAGAUGGCAUACUCUUUAGGAUAAAAUCAUCGUUCUUCGAGAGAGACAUCAGACAAUUAUCUGAGGGGACUUAUGCAAGGAUGAUAGAAGACGGCAUCCAGAAGGAAAAAUAAAACUAUGGACUUCCUAAAUACAAAAUCUUACAUCCAUCAACGAAUGAGUAGCCCUGAGAUGAUCAUGAACAGGAAAUAGCAACGGGCCUGUCCCUGUCAAUCUUUUUGAUAUCUUACCCAAAGAAGGUCUCCACCAUGACAUUAGACUUGCUCCUUCCAAAAGUGUCAUUUUGAACACAAAAAAACCAAAGAGAAAAAGAGCCAAAACUGCUAAAUAAGAGAAUAACGAGAGAAGUCCGAAAAGCCAGGCCAUUUUCUCCUCAAAUGAGGAAUAAGGCCAACCAAAGUACCCAAAGCAGAAUCAAUCUCUCUCAUAAAAAAUCUAAGAAACACCACCUCUCGGUUAGCAGUAGCUUUAUCAAGAGUAGUACAAGUUAUGUCCCACAUAAAAGAUUGAUCUCUUAAAAAGAAAAGUCAUAUCCCCACUCAUUGGUCAAAGACCAUAUAGACUCUUUGAGUCCCGAAAAUCUACUGCUAAUGAGUCAUAUCAUCAUACUAGAAAUAACUCUUCAGUUAAAGAAACAAGUUGUAGUCAUGAGAAGUCCGUUAUGCAGCCUUGCCUUGACCUAAGCUUGGUAUCGACGAAACUUCAGCUGGGGCAGAUACAAAAGAGACGGAAGAGUAUUCUCAAAAACAUUAUGUUGUCACCAUCAGUCAUCAGCCUGUCUGCUAAAAGUUCGGAGAAGUCCCAGAUCUUAUCUUACCCUAUCUGGCUUUCAAAGGAAGGACGCUAUUAAAAUUCCCGAAAUAUAAUUUCAAC